AUGGCUCGGUCAGGAGGAUCCCCGCCCUAUGCUCAGAAAGGGAUCCGGUUCCAUGUAUGAGACCACGGGAGCAUUAUAAACAGCAGAUGCAGAUCCAAAGAGCCUUAUUUGCAAGUUUGAGCACACUCAUCAAUCAAUGUCUAAGCCAAGGUUGGAGGGCAAGGUGGCCCUGAUAACUGGUGGGGCAGCUGGGAUUGGUGAGGACGCAGUCAGAUUAUUUGCAGCCAAUGGAGCCUUUGUUGUUGUUGCUGAUAUCCAAGACGAAUUAGCUCAUCAACUUGUUGCCUCAAUCGGCUCAGACAGAGUUAGCUACUGCCGCUGCGACGUCAGAGACGAAAACCAAGUCGAAAACACGGUCAACUUCACGUUGCAAAAAUACGGCGGCCUUGACAUUUUGUUCAGCAAUGCAGGUGUCAUGGGUCCGAUGACUGGCAUUUUAGACCUUGACAUUCAAGGCUUUGACAACACAAUGGCCACGAACGUUCGCGGUGUUGCUGCAACCAUCAAGCACGCCGCGCGCGCCAUGGUGGCACGUGCCGUGCGUGGUUCAAUCAUAUGUACCACGAGUGUUGCAGCCUCUCUCGGAGGCACGGCUCCGCACGCUUACACCACUUCGAAACAUGCUCUGUUGGGUUUGGUCAGAGGAGCUUGUAGUGAGCUCGGAGCUCACGGGAUUCGAGUUAACAGCAUUUCGCCAUUCGGAGUCGCAACCUCGCUUGCGUGCAAAGCGUACAAUUUGGAGCCAGAUGAGGUUGAGGCCAAUAGCUCUGCCAUAGGAAAUUUGAAGGGCAUUGCGUUGAAGGCUAGGCAUGUGGCGGAGGCGGCUCUGUUUCUUGCCUCCGACGAAUCGGCGUAUGUCAGUGGACACAACUUGGUUGUCGACGGUGGAUUCACGGUGGUUGAUCACAGUUUUUCGGCCAACUAAAACUACGGUUUGUUGUCGCCAAAAGAGCCAACUCUUUUAAUGUAGGGUUGGCAUUUUGAUCUGUCUAAUUUUCUGAAUUAAACAGAGUAGUCUCUGUUUAAAGAGUCAAACUUUGUUACGAGUAAAUGGCAUGUGCAUUUUCCUUGUAAUCUGCAACUGCAAUGUUAUCUUCAAUUAUUAUACCCCUAUCCCUCUAA